AAAGAUAUUUUUAAAUACAAAUACUGCGAAUUGUGAUCAAAAUGUACGGUCUGUUGCUUGAAAGCGUAGCGGACUGCGUAAAAGAGAAAUGGGGUGAGACCGUUUGGGCAUCUCUCGUGGAGCAAGCAGGAAUUGGAUGGGGUGGAUUCUCUAUUCAUAAGGUAUACAGCGAUGUUCAUAUGGAAAGAGUAGCCCAAACUCUGUCGAAGAUUCUGUUCAUGAGCGAAGACGAAAUCAUGUUCAAGUUUGGCGCUCAUUUCAUGACUUUUGUCGCUGGAUAUGGAUACGAUCAAGUUACGAAAGUGCUUGGAAGGAAGUUGUGUGAUUUUAUCAACGGACUUGACAACCUACAUGAUUACAUAAGCAAUCUGUACAAGGAAAUACGUCCGCCAAGUUUCUAUGUUGAAAAAGAAGAUGAUAAAGGCCUAACUUUCCAUUAUCAUACUCCAAGAAAAUAUCUUCCAUUCGUUCAUUACGUUCGUGGAAUGAUAACGACUGCUGCUAGAAUUUAUUACAAAAUGGCUGAUUUCUCUGUAGCGGUGACAAAAGAAGAGCUAUUGGAUGGUGGGAUGCAUGCAAUCUACAGAGUUACGUAUACAAACAACAGUUUGGGUGUACAGGGACCAUGGAUGCCUGUUCUUCGGAAACUCCGAGAGGAAACACCGCUGACUGUACAUAGUGAUGUUUUAUUCAAUUCGUUUCCGUUCUCCAUUAUUUUUAGUGAGAGUAUGGAAGUACUUAGUUGUGGAGCUGGAGUUGUGAAAUCUUUUCCAACUUUAGUGGGAAAAAAGAUCACGGAUUUCUUUGUUUUGACCAAACCGUUUGGCAUCUCAUUUACCUGGGAUUUUAUGAGGAACCGACCGUUGAACGUCCUGGUUGAGAUGACAUCAACGGUGGCACUGUGGACUGAAUAUGAAGAAUACUUACGCUCACAGGAAAUACUUGACCCCGAAAAUGCACCACCCCCACCGAACAGAACCGAUUCACCACCAUUGAAACUACGUGGCACCACCGCUUAUUUGAAAAGCUGGAAUUCUGUUAUUUUUAUGUGUACUCCUGUAUUUGAGAGUUUGGACACGAUGAACGACAUUGGACUCUACAUAAGUGAUUUGAGUUUCCAAGACUCUGUUCAAGUGCUGUUAGUUGCUGGACCUCAACAAAGCGCAGAGCUUAAAAUAGCGCUGGAUAUGGAACAAGCUAAAAAUUCAAAGUUGGAAGAAACACUUGGAAAGUUGGACACGGAAAAUAAGAAAACAGACGCUCUUCUCUUCUCUAUGAUUCCAAGAGAAAUUGCAGAGAGGCUGAAGAAAGGAGAGAGUCCUAUAAAUAUCGCCGAAACGUUUCCAGACGUGACUGUGUUGUUUAGUGAUGUAGUUGGAUUUACUAACAUCUGCAGUCGAAUAACACCUAUGGAAGUUGUUGCAAUAUUGAACCAGAUUUACACUGUUUUCGAUACACUCAGUGAAAGGUAUGAAGUUUUCAAAGUUGAAACUAUUGGCGACGGUUACAUGGCUGUUUCGGGAGCACCUGUGCGAACCAAGAUGCACGCUCAGCAUAUUUGUGAUAUGGCACUCGAGAUGCAAGCUGGAAUUCGACAUUUGAAAGAUCCGUGGACGGGAUCUCCAAUAAGGAUUAGAAUUGGUAUUCAUUCCGGAGGUGUGGUUGCCGGCGUUGUUGGGCAGAAAAUGAUUCGAUACUGUCUGUUUGGAGACACAGUGAAUACUGCAUCAAGAAUGGAAAGCUGCGGGGAAGGAUGCGAGAUACAUAUCAGCAAAACUGUACGAGAUAGACUGGUUGUCACAGGUGCUUAUAAAAUCGAGGAUCGUGGGAUGAUCUAUAUCAAGGGGAAAGGUCAAAUGAGGACUUAUUGGCUCAAAGGAAAAACAAUCAAAACUAACAAUUCAACCGGACAAAGUUUUAUGGAAGAUUUGGUGUCUCAAACUACCGGAGUUAGUCCAAUGGAUCAAAAGAAAGCAUUAAAGAUUCUGCAUCCAGUUUUAGACAUUUCUAACGUGGAUUCCAAAAAGUCGGAGAGUAGUGCCGUAAAACAUACGAAACAGCCAAAUUGCGAUCGUCCUUUGCAUACACAGAUGAUGGUAUCAUCGGAGCAAGGAUCUGGGAAGCCUGAUGACUACAAAUCAGAAAAAUCAAUGAGUUUUAGACAAGCUCUUGAAGAAAUUGUGGAUAUCCAAACAAAAGAGAUAGCCGCUUACCAAGAGGGACAUUCUGUCGGACAAUAUAAUUAUGAUCAAUCCAAAACCAGUGGAGAGAGUCGAAUGUUACUUUCAAUACGUGAAGCAGAGGGAGAAGCCACGGGUAUGAUUCCGUUUGAAGAAGAAAAACUGCAAUACGAUUACCACUGCAAAAACGACAUUAACCCACCAGAACUGAUAGGACCUCAGCACGGGGGAAAGACAUUUCUUCAAAUCACAGAGGGAAACCGUGGCCUGAAAGAUAAUUUAAAUGUGAUAGCUUCUACGAUUCAACAAUCCCAAAUGAAUCUAGAUGCUCUUCCCGCGGAGACGAAAGGACGACAAACAAAUUUUAUGCACACUGAUGAAAAAUUGAACCAUACCAGUGCGACACAGGUACCGAACAACUUUUUUCCCGACAGUACGGGCGAUAAGUCUAAUCGUGGCGGGUUGGAUGUGGUUGAAAAUAUAAAUAGCGCUUCGCGAAGAAACAUUCAAGGCAAUCAGUGUAUGCCCGACAACACAGCAAUCGACAUUCUUGCAACAAUGUCGUCUAAGUCUAAAACAGAAAGUUCACCCGAAUUAACAAGAAGCCCAAUUGCAAUCAGGUUAGGAGAGAUUUACGGAAAACCUAAGGUAAGUGACAACAUCAAAUCUCCUAGACCUCGAGCUCCUGCGACUACGCUCCAACUGAUGAACGAAGAAGAAAUUUGCAAGUCUGUUACAAUUCAACCUGCUCCGCCUUCUAAAACUGGACCAGACAAAACAAACAAAAUGAAUGGUGUUAGAAAAAUUGGAGGAAAGGUCGAAAAAUCUACGAUCAAGAAUGAUUCCGGAUCUGAUGAACUUCCUGAUCCUCCCCGAUCGAUUGGCGCCCUCAACAUACUUGCAACAAAAUAUCAAAACAACCAAAAACGUGAUGGAAGAAAGGCGUACAUAAGCCCUUCUAAGGCGGAAUAUCGUGUCAGUGAUGAACACCUCAAAAAUGAGCACGCAGUCAGACAAUCUCCUUGCAUAAGGUCUGAUCCUUCUGCUAAUUAUCACUUAGAACAAGCAUCAUUUAACAGAAGAACAGCUGGAAAAAGCACCUCUCGACCACGCCGUAAAAAUGUUGCACCAGAGGCAAUAACCGUCAUUCGACGAAAAAAAUCUAUCUCAUUAUCGGAAGAUGUUAGACAAGAAGAUUCACCAAUGAGACAAAGAAAAACCAAAUCUGCAAACAUGGAACGGCACUCAGCCGUGUGUGUCAUUUGCUGAGGUGUUGAAAUUUAGUAAAAAAGUUUUUCCAAGAAGUUGAAACAAAUCAAAAUAAGGAUUUUCUAAAAUGUUAUCUAUAACGACUAAUACAAGUAAUACUUGUUGUUAACACAAUAUAAUCAAUUGAAAUAUUUCAAUGUAAUUACUGGAAUGCUUUUUGUAAUUAUGAAAUAAGGCUGGUAUAUUCAAUAUCAAUCGUCUACUUUUAUACAUGGAAUUAAAAAAAAAUUUCAAUGCGAAUCACAGUUUUUGUUUAUAUAAAUCGCGUCACAUACUUUUCUCAUUCGUAGUUUCUAGCUGAAUAAUCACUUUGAAUGAAGAAUCCUUUUUAGAAAAUUAGUAACGUAAGAAAAAAGUAUAGAGAUAGUCAAUGUAUGUGUGUGUUGUCCUUUAUGAGUGACCGUUCAAUACAACGUGAUGUCUUUUCAUUUAUUGUCAUUUUCAUAUGUGAUUUGUAUUAUCAAUAUAAUAUUUUCCACUCGUGAUAUCCCGUAACGUAUUUAUUCAAAAUAACCAAGUCCAACUCGUUUGGAAAUACAUUUAUAUUUGGCAACGCAAUAUUAAAAUAAAUGAGUAGUUUUUUGUUUAUCUUGAAAACAUGUAAAAAUCGCGCCAUUUACUGAAAUUUUUUCUGGAAGAGGUUCCCGCACUGAACUUCAUAAAAUCUUGUGGAUUCAAUUUUCAAUUACCCCUCAAAUAUUUAUAAUCACUCAUGGCGUUUAGAAUUUUGUUUUAAUCCUACUUCUAAAGUCACCAAAAGUUAUAAUACCGUAAUUGAAUUACGCUCCAAUUGCAAUGUUGGUGAAAUUUUAGUCGGGUUUCUACAGUUCUUGCUUGGAAGUAAAGUGAAAGAUUUCACUAAAAAAAUCUUUUGAUACUCUUAUGUUUUGUUUUCAAUUUUAAUGUUGUUUUUAUAUAUUGUCGUCGUAUAUCAAAACUAUUAACAUUCUGGCUGGUUGGGAAUCUUGAUGUUUUUUUUUUCAUUCAUAUUGGGUAAUUGGAUUGGUCUCUGUUUCAGAUAAACUUUUCGCAAUUGUAUGUGUUCAUGACAUCAUGUGACUUGCAUUGUUUGGUCACAAUUAUCAACAAUACAUACACGUGAUUAUUAUUUCUUUUUCUCAAUUUGAAAUAAAUGUUUGAAUGUUGUCUCAAA